AUGAUGCAAGAUACUGGUCAGAAUGGUCAAGAUACGACCAUUGAAACGUCUGAAAUUACAAGGGAUUCAGUUGAAGUAGCACGGGGAGAAGAUCAUGAGCCAGAAGAGGUCGAAAACGGUGUCCAAUCUGGUAUAAAUGAAGAUAGGAAGUUACCUGAAGUUAGAGUUAAACAUUCGUUAACGUUUGACAACGAAUCAAUGGAAUCAGUUCAGUUGGAAGAGGAACCUGGUCUUGGGCAAGUAGAUGAACAAGUAGAAGAUGAAGAGGCUGCAAACUCUGAACAGACGCUUGAAUCGUACGGAAAAGAGGAAGAAAUAGUUGAGGAAGAUAUUAAUGAAGCUGGAAAAGGGGCUGAGACUUUAGAAAUUUCAGAAGAACAGGUAAGAUUAUCAGUUUAUAUUAUUUAUGUUUAGAAAACCGUGGAUUCAACCAUGAGCCAACAUUAUGCCUUGCAAGAACGGAAGUCAACAAUAGAUCGAAGUGGUGAAAGUCCAGAUGAAACAUACGCUAGACUAAUUGAAGCUAUCGAUAACGGCAACUAUGUUUCUGGCGAUAUUGUUGAUGGAGUGUUCAAUGUGGUAAGGAUUUUGUUGUUUUUAUAUCUUUAGGUAAUUGUAUAGCUUCUAUAUUGGUUAUAAUGUAAAAUACGUUUGAGAUCUCUGUUUAUUUUGUUUUUUUAGUUGGUUGGCGGUCCAUUUGACAAAGAAAGCCGAUUUUCGAUUGUUAGCCAUGAACACAUUCGAGGGUUACUGAAGGUUUUGGAUGCUGCUCCGGUCGAGCUUCAGGUAGCCAUUGAAUUUUUAACGUUUUUUGAUUUUAGAGAUAUUAAAAAGGCUUCUAAAGACAUUAACUGCUACUAAUUUAUUAUAAAACGACCGAUAAAAAUUAGAAACCUUAUUUUAGGUGAAGAUAUUGACGGUUUUUGUUGGAAUUUGUCGGAAAUCGUUUAGAAAUCUUGAGAAAUGCACUCGAAUUGGAUUGAUAUCAGUGUUUCUGGAUAGGAUACCAACGGCUGAUGCUAAAGUAGCUGAUCUACUGGUUGAAUUGUUAUCGGUAUUGACAAAUUAUUCAAUCACAGUCAAGGAAACCAAACAUUUUCUAAGGGCACUUCAAGCUGAAGACGGCAAAUGGGUAAGAAGACGGUUGAUUUUAAACGUUUUUGUUGUUGGAAAAGUUUAUCUAGAGUAUAUACAAGUUGUUGAGUAUAUUUUUCAUUAGUUUUGGCAGGAGGGUUAUAUAAAAAAUGGCAUUUUUGAUCUUUAAGGGCUGAUAUUUGCUAAUAUUUAAGUAACUUUAACUUUUAAAUUUUUUAGCGACGAAACUCUGCUAAACUAUUAAAAGUAAUGUUGGAGAUGCCAAAACGAGAUGGCUGCGACGUUUUCUUCUCAUUCCCAGGCAAUGCUGGAGCGGUAUGUUAAUUUUAUAUUAUUUUUGUUGGCUUUUAGGUGUGGUUAAUAUAAAUGGGCAUAAAUUGGUCAAUGGUUAGUCGAUUGUUAGUAUUUUAAUGUUAAAAGAAGUAGAGAAGUGUACUGAUUGAUGUGUUAUAUUGCUUUAGGGUAUUGCUUUGCCUCCGCUGUCAAAAUGGCCGUACCAAAAUGGCUGGACGUUCAGUACGUGGUUCAGAAUGGAUCCGCUGAAUAGUGUCAAUUUUGAAAAAGAAAAACCAAUAUUAUUUGAGUAAGUUAUUGACAAUUGUGAUAAGGUUCAAGAUUUUGACAGAUUUUGUUUUGUAAAAUACGAGUUUUGGUGUCUUGGCUGGAAAUUACGUUCUCUAUGAUAGUAUAUAAUUUUAUAGAGAUUUUAAUGUCAUUUUCAUAGCGACUCUAACUAAUUUUUAUUUUUUCUAGUUUCAAGACAACUAAAGGACUGGGAUAUACGGCCUAUUUUAUGGGAGCAUGCCUAGUACUCAAUAUAAAACGAGGUACGAGUAAAGAAGUGACAAAGUGCAUUAAAUUCGAAUUUUCAUCAAGAAAAUGGCAUCACGUUGUAUUAUCAUUCGUCUACGCACGCUGGGGUCAAAGUGAAAUACAGUGCUACAUUGAUGGUAACUUGGUUGAGACGAUCUACAAUUCUUGGUAGGUAUGGGGAAGUGGAAAGAAAGUUAUUGCGGUUUUAGGACUCUGUUUUUGGUUUUUCAAAGAAAGGUUUUGACAUUUUUGUGCUGUAAAGAAAGUUCUUGCUAUUUUUGCUUUGUAAAGAAAGUUUCUGUCAUUUUUUGUCCUGUAAAGAAAGUUUUUGACAUUUUAUGAAAUGCUUUUUAAUUAUAAAUUCAGUUUUGCUGCAUAUGCAAUAUUUUGUCGUUUUGCACUGUGCAACGAUUGUUAUAUCUUGCACUGUUCAACUUGUAGCUUAUUUUAGGUAUCAAUUCUUGUUAUAACGUUUAGUCAGCAUUAAUAAAAAGCUAUUACAACUAAUUUCACUUUGAUAUCUUUAAACAGAAUGGCACAACAAAUUUUUAAAUAAUCACUGCACCGUGCAAUACAAAAACCUUUUGCACCGUGCAGGUAAAGAAAAAGUUUUGGCAGUUUUUAAAUUUUAUAUAAAUUAUUGACCUUUUGAAAAAGUUUUUUUCGGAAAUUUUGGUUUUCUUUACUUAAAAAGCUAAUUUCACCUUAUUUUAGGUACGUCAACACGUCCGAGAACUUUGACCGCUGUUUUGUUGGCUGUGGUCCUGAGCCAAACCUAAACGAAGCGUUCUGUGGCCAACUUGGGGCCAUAUACUUAUUCUCACAACAUUUGUCGCUAGACCAAGCCAAUUGUCUCUUCAGUUUAGGACCAACAUAUCAAUCUUUGUUCAAGCACGAUGCCGAAUCUAAUCUUCCAGAAGGCUACAAGAAGCAUCUAUUCGAUGGACGACUACACAAUUGGCUGGUUUUUGCGUAUUCACCUAAGAAUUGUCAUGGCCAGUUGUGUCUGUACAAUGGAGGAAAGUCUGAUUACUUUGUUCAGAUUCCUCAUGCUGUUAUGAAGGAUGUAAGUUGAGGUUUUGAUAGCUUAUUGGUUUUUUAAAGAGAUGUUGAGGUUUGAAGGAGAAUUUAAGGGUUUGAGAGCUAUUUUGUGUGUUAUUUUGUGUAUUUUCAGUUUUGUUUUGAAAAUUUAAAAAUUUUAGGUAACAAUUUUUUUUUGAAAUUUUUAGAGGUUAUGGUGCUUUUAUAAGUUUUAAAUUGCUUUUUUGUGGGUGUGGUAGACUUUUUAAAAUUAUUUUAGCACGUUAUGGGAUAUUUUUGAAUAUUUUAAAAUUUUAGGUAACAAAAUUUUUAAAUUUUUUUAAGAGUUUUUAUGGAUUUGUGGCAGUUUUAUGGUCAUUCUGUGUCACUUUAAGAUGAUUUUGUGCCUUUUAAGCGAUUUGUUUGGAAAAUUUAAAUUUUAGGUAACAAAUUUUUUUGAAAAAUUUUGAAAUUUACGGUUUUUAAGGAAAGCAAAAAGUAGUCAUUUUUUGUUUUGUAAAGAAAGUUCUUGCAAUUUUAUUAUAUAAAAAUGUUUUUUUCAGCCAGUUGAAGUGAUAACCACUCACUCAAUCCACAAUUCGCUUCAUUCAGUUGGUGGAAUUCAAAUGUUGUUGCCAUUAUUUGCUCAAAUCGACCUUCCGCACGAAGGCGAACCUCAAUUGGACUACGAAUUAUGGUAAGGGAUUUAAAUUGGCUUUGGGUAGAGAUAUUAUGUUUUUAGGUAAUAAAAUUAAUUACAGCUAACAAAAUAGAUUUUUAAUUAAGAAAGUUGCUUUUUAGGUAACAAAGUUUUGAAAAAAUUGAUUUUAUGAAAUUUUAAAAUUAAAAAAAAAAUGAAAUUUUAGCUCAUCCAUGUUGUCUGUGAUAUCCCUGUUGCUGGAGACCUCGAUCCGAGCCCAACAACAACUCUUUUACUCUCAAGGCUUUGUCAUCAUCGCCCACGUACUCCAACACGCCGCCUCUCCUCAACAUUUGAGUGUCAUGGUACUGGACUCCUUUAUCAAUAUCACAAAACAACUCAUCAACAGCCCCACGGGUGUACCCCUCCUAAAACAACUCAUAGAACACGUAUUCUUCGCCCCACCACUAUGGAUCCGAGCUUCAGCCCUGAUCCAAGUCAGACUAUACGAAUAUCUGGCCAUUGAUUUGUUCACAAACCCCGUCAAUGUGACAUACGUGAGGCGAACACCAAUUGUGGUACAGUUGAUGAACGCCAUAAGGAACUACUACUGGAUGGUACCGACUGGUAAAUCGGAGAAAGUCAAAGCAUUGAGGUUAAAUGAGAAUGGAGAAGAUAAAUUGGACAGAAGCUCGGUUAUCAGGGUGAGAUCGGCUAUGUUACAGGUAGGGUUUCGAAAUGGAUUUUUUGGGUAGGGGUGGUGAAAAAUUAAAAAAUUGUUUUUCGGGGGUGGAGUGGUAAAAAAAUAAAAAAAAAUGUUUUUCGGGGGCGGGGUGUUAAAAAUGAAAAGAUGUUUUGGGAAGGCCAAUUGGUAGUAAAAAACAUAAAAAGGGAUUUUAGGAAUGGGGAUAGUAAAUUUUUUUUUUCGACCGGUCGAUAUUUUAAAAUUAGAUUUUAGGUAAAAAAAUUAUAAUUUUUUUGUAAAUCAAGAAAUGGAUUGUUUAUGUAGCUUAAAAAAUGGGAUAUGUAGACUAGAAAUGGCACUUUGGUUUUUCGACCGGUCGAUUUUGAAAAAAAAAAUUUUGAAAAUUUGGGUACUACGUGGUUAUAUAAAUAAAAAAUGGUCUACAUAUUAAGAGGAUGACAUUUUGUAGGUUUUUCGACCGGUCGUUUUUGAAAAAAAACAAAAUUUUUAGGUAACAGUUGAAAAGAAAAAUUUUGAAAACUUAAUUAUAAUAGAGUUGAUACGGCUUUAAAAAUGAUUUAUAUACGAUAUUUUAACUUUAGGUAAUAUUAAAUUCAAGUUUCUUAAUUUAAAUUAUUUUAUGUUCAGCUAAUCAACCGAUUGGUCUUCCAAACAGUCCCAACCAACUUUCAAGACGAGAAAGAAACAAAACGAGACGAGGAACUUCAAUGUCUUUUCAAUUUCAUAUCAACCGAAUCAGAAGACGAAAACAUGUACGAUGUCCUAACCUUCAUCAUGAGACUCAUGAGCGACCAGCCGGCUGUCAUGAUCCCAGCCUUUGACAAGAAAAAAGGAACUGCGGUCAUUUUUAAGCUGCUGGGUAGUGGAAAUGAAACUGUCAGGCUGACUAGUCUCAAGAUUUUUGGAAGCUUCUUGUGUCGAAGCACUGCUAAGUAGGUGUUUUAGGUAUUAAAGUUUGAAGAAAUAGGGAUUUUUAUAGGUUUGUUACCUAAAAUUAUGAAAAAAUUUGUUUUUAGCUGCUUUACGACUAAAAAUUUGAAAAAAAAAUUAUGAAAAAUAGUGAAUUUUGGAUUUUUUGUUAUCUUAAAUGUUGAAAAGCUAGUUUUUAGCUAAAAAUUAGUUUUUUGGGCAAAUUGUUACCUAAAAUUUUUAAUUUUCAGGCGAAAAUCUGAAGCAGUGAAUCAACUAAACCUUCUCCACCUCCUAUCACAACGUCUCCUGAACAACACCAAGAGCUUAUCAGCCAAAACCUACAACGUUCUGUUCGAAAUCCUGGUGGAACGAGUAACAUGUGACGUGAACUUUGCCAAACGUGAAGAAUAUCAAUACGAAACGUUGAGAUUCGAGAACUCAGCCCUACUAAAAGUCAUUGCCAACUUGUUGGAGCAAAGUGAACAAACACCAGAGCUGAUGGAGGUAAAGCGCAUCUACGUUAUCGAUCUGAUCAAAAUGUGCAAGGAAUCAAGGGAAAACAGACGAAUCGUCCUUCAGAUGUCCGUAUGGCAAGAAUGGCUAAUAUCAUUGGCGUAUGUCUAUCCCAAGAAUGACAUGGAAGCGACAAUAUCUGAGCUGGUCUAUGAACUUUUUGCCAUCUUGUUGUACCAUGCGAUUCGAUUGGAGUACGGAGGGUGGAGAGUUUGGGUGGAUACGUUGGCUAUUGCUCAUUCGAAAGUAAGCUAUUUGAAUAAUAUACUGAAUAAAGUGCAAAUUUUUGAGUUUUUAAGGUUUUAGGAAACAGGAAAGGCUUUUUGUUGAUUUUUAGGUAACAAAAACUUUUUUUGUUUUUAGGUAACAAAAAUUUUUUUGCUAUUUUUAGGUAACAAAAAUUGAUUUUUUAAAAUUUUUUGGUAACAAAAACCUUUUUUUUUUAAAUUUUAGAUAAUAAAAAAAAUUUUUUUUGGUUUUUAGGUAACAAUUUUUAAAAAUUUUAAAGCAACACGUGAUUUACAAUUUUUUAGGUAUCAAUGGAGAAAAACCUCAGAAAAUCAAAAGAAAAAGCCUGCCAAAGCAACGGAAAUUCAUCAGAAUCGGCCGAAAAUCAAUUGACAGAUCUUAAGAAACAAGACGAAGGACCCACAGCCAUCUACCGUACGCCAGACUUUGCCUGGAGCGAUGUUCAUGUCCGUCUACUAGAUGAUCUGCUCAAGAAUAUCGAAAAAGUAGUAGAAGAAUGGGCCCAAUCUCAAACCCCACUAGUCGACCAUGUCAACAGUAAUGACAAUCAGGUAUUCGUCUCGAACACCGUACAUGUUUUGUCACAGCUAUCAGACAGCUUAAUCAUGGCCUGUGGUGGUCUACUACCCCUCCUGGCCGCUGCUACAUCACCCAACUCGGAAUUGGAAAUUCAAGACAACACGCAUCAGGAUAUCAGCAUUAAAACGGCUGUAGGGUUCUUGACAAGAUUCGUUGAGCUGGCCGAUACCUUCAUCUUUAUCAGUGGAGUCAGCUUCAGUGAACUGGAACAGGAAAAGAAUAUGCCCCCUGGUGGGAUUUUAAGGCAAAGCUUGAGAUUGGGUAAGUGGUAUAGUGACUUUAUUAAUAGAAUUUUUGAAAAAAAGUUGGUUUUUAGGUAACAAAUAUGAAGUUAAAUAGGCUUAAUUUAGGCAAAAAUCGAUGUUUAGAUAAAAAAGUUGGGUUUUUUAUGUCUUAUACUCAAGAAGUGAUGUUUAGGUAACAAGAGUAGACUUUUGGUGCCCAUUUGGUCAAAAAUUAAUGUUUAGGUAACAAAACAGAAAUUUCGGACAAAAAUAAAGUUUUUAUGCUUAAUUUGGCGAAAAAUUAUUUAGAUAACAAAAAUGAGGUUUUUAGGCUUAAUAAUGGCAAAAAAUGAUAUUUUAGGUAACAGUUUUUUACUUUGAAUUUUAGGCUUUUGAAACAAAUAAUAAUGCCAUUUCUAACCCUCUAAACAAAUAAAAUGCUAUUUUCAGUAUCAACAAUGGCCGUCCGCAACAUCCUAGCCUGCCGCGUGGGCCAAAAAGAGCGCGGCUUCAGCGAACACACGGUAAAACAUCGCCAAAAGUACACGGCCAUCCUCGAGUUCAUCGACGGCGCCCUGGACAAUGUAAGUUUGUGUUGUAACGUGACUAACCUAACAAGAUUCUGUGCGGUAUUUUAUGCGACGGUGUGCUUCAGAAGGACCCGAACAAGGGCAUCUCGAACAUGGACCGCCUCCUACAAGAGGUGGAUAUGCAACGCCUGAAGGGAGUCAUCUACAGAGACAUGGAGGAGAAUCGACAGGCACAGUUCUUGGCUCUGGCGGUCGUUUACUUCUUGAGUGUGCUAAUGGUGUCUAGGUACAGAGACAUCUUGGAGCCACCAACAUCGCCAAGUCCAUUUUUUGACACGAACUCGGACAGCUCGGCUAGAAGGAAGUCGGGUGGGUUUAGAAAUGAAAUUUUAUUGAAAAUUUUGAAAAAAAAAUUUUUUAAUUUUUAAAAAUUGUAAAUUUUGUGAAUAAAAAAUUUUUUAAAUUUUAAAUAUCAGGUUGAACAAAAAGUAUCGGGACAUUUUUCACUUAUCUUUCAACUAAAAAGUGUCCCGCUACUUUUGGUUCAACCUAAUAUACGAUCAUGUUAUAGUAGAAAGCCAAUCAGCCCAUUCCUCAGUCUCAAACCCUCAAAACCAAGACAAGGAAAGUGAAAAUGGAAGCGACAAGGACUCGGAAGACCCAAAACCAUCAAACGGGAUUGAAAAAGUCGCGGAUUCAUCGGCCGAAUCAGGCGAUGAAAAAGAAAAUGUCACUGAACUGAAUGGUGGAAUCUCAGCCAUCAAGUUCGAUGAUGAACAAGUUGUUAUUGAGGACGACGGAAAAUACGACGAAAAUCAUCUUCAGAGGUAUGGGUUUGAGGGGAGAGGGUUGAUUUUGGAAAAAAAAUCAUUUUAGGUAACAAUUUGUGAAGAAAAUGCAAUUUUAGGUAACAAAUAUAGAAAAAAUUUGAUUUUAGGUAACAAAUUUUUGAAAAAAUAUAAUUUUAGGUAAUAAAUUUUGAAAAAUGGCAGUUUAAGUAAUAAAUUUUGGAAAAAAUCGUAUUUUAGGUAACAAAUUUACGAAAAAAUGGUAAUUUGGGUAACAAUUUGAGAAAAAAUAGAAUUUUAGGUAACAGAUUUGGAAAAAAUGGUAUUUUAAAUAACAACUUCAGAAAAAGUGGCAGUUUAGGUAACAAAUAUAGAAAAAGUGGCAGUUUAGGUAACAAAUUUUUGAAAAAAUAGUAUUUUAGGCAAUAAAUUUAAGAAAGAACAGAAUUUUAAGCAACAAUUUUUGAAAAAAAGCUUGAGGUAACAAAUUUAAAAGUCGUCAUUUUAGAUUCACAGCGGAGAACGUGAAACAAUUCGACGCGGGUGAACGUCGUAUCUACCUGACCGACAAACUUCAGAAGUCUCUUGAAUCCGUAUCUCCAUUAUUCCGAGAGAUUAUGGCAGACUUCCGCUCAUUCCUCCAAAAAACCUUGCUAGGGACCCAUUCGCAAGAAAUCAUGACCGAUAUCAAGGUAAUGCAAACCCUGAAGAACCAAAAUGGCAGUGUCAUCGAGUUGGUCAUGUUGUUGUGCUCACAGGAAUGGCAAACCAGUCUUCAAAAACACGCCGGACUAGCCUUUAUUGAGCUGGUGAACGAAGGCCGUCUAAUGGCACAUGCUACAAGAGAUCAUAUCGUUCGUGUAGCAAAUGAAGCCGACUAUAUAUUGAAGAGGUUGAGCGCGGAAGAUGCUCAGAAGCACACAAAGUUUGAUGAGGAUUCGGCCGAAGAGCUGGAAGGACGAAGAAAGGAGACCAAGAUCACGGAUCAUCUGAUUCAGUCGGCUAGAAGGAGGGAUUUUGCUAUUGCGGCUAAGAGCUUGGAGAGGACGAGGAAUGUGCUGGUCAGUCCAAGUGGUCCUUGGGCGGAGGAGCAGGGCAAAAGGUAAGUGUGGAGAUGAAGAACAGAGAGAAAAAUGUAGAUUAAUAUGAGUAGGUAGGGUAGGAUAUUGUAGGGUUAGGUAAGUUAAGGUAGGGUAUGAUAGUGUAGGGUUAGGUAAGGUAAGGUAGGGUAGGAUAAUGUAGGGUAAGGUAAGGUAAAGUAGGGUAGGUUAAGGUAGGUUAGGGUAAGAUAGGGUUUUGCAGAGUAGAAUAACGUAGCUUAAGCUAUGGUAUUGCACUUAAACUUCUCCACUUACAGACAAACCUUCUGGCGCCUAGACCCAUGGGAAGACGACUCAAGACGUCGCAAACGUUUCGUACCAAACAUUUUCGGUACCACACAUCCAGAAGCCGUCGUAUCCCAGUCGAAAGAGAGCAAAGAUGCCGAAGCCGAACUGGAAAAACUGUCAGAAGACGAACGGGAAAAGGUCCUGAAAGAUUUGGCCAAACGAAUGAUAACAACCGGAAGAAGCAACCAGCUGGCCCAGGAACUGGUCGAUGAAUCCGACAUUGAGAAGUGGGCCAACGAGGAGAUUGAGGCCAGGGAGCAGAGGGGAGGUAAGGAGGUUUGGGCGGUGUUUUUGUUGGGUGGGUUAAUCUUCUUGAAUAGAAAAGGGGAGGAGGGGGGUUGAAAAGUUUUGGAUAGGAGGGAGGGGAGGACAGUCCUUUAGGGCUGGGAAUUUCAGUUUAAAAAAGUUUGUCGUGGAAAUUAAAAUUUGAAAAUUUGGCGGGAAAUUUAAAUUUGAAAUUUCGCGGGUUUGAAAACUUGCAAAAAUGUCAUGACAAAACAUAAAUUUAAAAAUUUUAAUUUAAUACCUUUCAGAAAGAGCCUCAUUCAGCACCCCAGCCCAACUGAUCGCAUCGGUUGUGGCCGUUCCGGGCACGGUCAGUAUCACCCAAUCGGACGUUUACUUCGACGCGGAUGAGGAAGAUCCGGCCUACAAAAAGUUGGAUCCAAAGGUGGGUUUAAAAACUUUUUUUUAUUUUUUUUUGCUAAAUUUAGGCUUAA